AUGGAGGCUAUAAUAGGGCAUGUGCGGGAGGGCAACCUGGCGGAGACACGCCUGUGGCUGGAUAUGACUGAGAAUGACGUGAACCAGGGUGACGAGCACCGCUUCUCCUUGCUCCAUUGGGCGGCGCGAGAGGGUCGUAGGGCAAUUGUAGAGCUUCUUAUCUCCCGCGGGGCCCGCGUUAACGCCACUAAUCUGGGUGACGACACCGCCCUCCACCUCGCUGCCGCGCACGGCCACUACGACAUCGUCUACUUCCUCCUCAAUAAUUUUCGUCUCGCUGUCGACGCGUCCAAUGAGCACGGGAACACGGCCUUGCAUUAUGCAUGCUUCUGGAAUCACCAUGAAAUUGCUGAGCUGUUGAUAAAGUUUGGAGCAAGCCUGAUGCAGGAGAACAAGUAUGGCUACACACCAUUGGAAAUUGCGCGUCCGCGUGCAGCAGCGAUGCUAGCACCGAUGGCACAGAGCUACGGGGCUGAUUUGACGCGUCGGCGACCCUUCCGAGAUCAGAGUUGGAUCGGAACGAAGACCCGAGCGAGGGAUGCGACCGUCUAUAAGUUGGAUGGGGAUGCCUGGGACCCGCGGGAUGUUGAACUCUCUGGUGCGCUUGCAGAUGGUCAUGGAGCGGAGGUUCUGCGUGGUUUCUUCCGGAAUAAGGAAGUUGUUGUGAAGAUGCUGAAGCUGAGACAUUACACUGACAGGCAGGCGCGUGACUUCAAGGAGGAGUUCCCGCGCUUGCGCAUUUUUAACCACCCUAACAUCCUGCCCGUGCUGGCGAUUUUCAACGCCACACCACGCCUCUGUCUUAUCAGCGAGUUCAUGCCCUUUGGUUCGCUCUACGGCCUUCUACAUCCCUCACCGAAAUCACAGCAGCAACAACAGCAGGCACCACCGGUUAUCUCUUUGCGCCAGGCUCUCCGCUUCGCCUUGGACAUUGCCAGGGGCAUGGAAUUCCUCCACUCUCCCGAGCUCAAGGUGCCAAACUUUAGACUCAACUCGCGACACGUCCUUGUUGACGAGGAUGUGGCCAAGAUCGGCAGCCCUGUGGAGGAGGACAUGCCCGAGGACGAGAUGCUGACUGCGCGUCUAGACAUGGCGGACUACAAAUUUUCCUUCCAUGAGAAGUUCAGGGAGUAUAACCCCGCUUGGAUGUCUCCUGAAGCUCUCCAGAAGAAGCCACAGGAUAUUAACCUGCAGGCCUCGGAUAUGUGGAGUUUUGGAGUGAUUUUGUGGGAGUUGAUCACUCGUAUGGAGCCGUUUGAAGGACUCGAUCCCAUGGUCAUUGGAAUGCAGGUGGCGACGGAGAGUCUGAGACUGCCACGCUUGGCAAGCAUGGACGUGCGAAUGGUGCGCUUGUUAGAUCUCUGCAUGAACGAGGAUCCGGGCAAGCGACCGCGCUUUGACAUGCUUCUCCCACUACUCGAUAAAAUGCGCGAAAGGGCCGGACAAUCCACACCAACGCAUUGA